CACAGCAUUUUUUGGUCAGGAGACCUUGAACAAGACUUGCAUAUUAUACAGUCGGCUGUGGUUUACAGCUUUUGUCGUCAACAACAAGCUAGGCGUGCAACAGAACGUGUGGUUUUUGUGGAAGAAAACAAGGUUUGAGACGUGAAGCGAAGAAGUGUGUGCAUUGGUCUGGUGCUAGUUUCAUCUUCAUCCCUUGCUACUUGUGGAACAAUUGAGUCGUGACAAGAUUAUGUUGGGUUGUGCUAGGCGAUGUUUGCUGUCCAAGCAACGUACGUUUCUAGGCGUCGGACAUUUUCGCGGCCUGUGGCAAUCACAGAGGUGUAGCCAUGGAGCAUCCAGUCAUGGAGGAAACCAUCUCUUUCACGCAAAAGCAGCUCCAACUUACAAGGAUGUGUACGAACGAUCGAUCCUUAAUCCAGAACAGUUUUGGGCCGAAGAAGCUGAAAAAAUUAGUUGGAUGAAGCCGUGGAGUCGGGUGUUAGAUCAUACUAAUCCACCCUUCACCAAAUGGUUUGUUGGCGGCGAGACUAACGCCUGUUACAACGCGGUCGAUCGCCAUGUUGCUGACGGACAUGGACAACGGGCCGCCCUCAUUCACGACAGUCCAGUCACGUCCACUCAACGAUCCAUCACUUAUGCUGAGCUGCAGCAGCAGGUUUCCAAGUUAGCGGCCGCGUUGUCCUCUUACGGCGUGAAAAAGGGCGACAAUGUGCUAAUCUACAUGCCGAUGAUUCCUGAAGCGGUCGUGGCCAUGCUCGCCGUUGUUCGACUGGGCGCCGUCCAUUCGCUGGUCUUUGGCGGUUUCGCCGCCCGUGAGUUGUCCGUCCGCAUCAAACACGCUGAGCCGAAAGUGAUCAUCAGUGCCUCUUGCGGCGUAGAACCCACUCGCUUGAUUCGGUACAAGCCUUUGCUGGAUCAAGCCAUCACCAUGUCGGGCAUUGAACCGAAGCGUUGCAUCAUCUAUCAGCGGCCUGGCUUGCCGGAAGUAGCGACGAUGAAACCGGAUCGUGACGUGUCGUGGGACGAUGCGAUGGAUAGUGAUCGGUCACACGAUUGCGUUCCCGUUGAGGCCAACCAAGCGAUGUACAUCUUGUAUACUUCGGGAACUACGGGUGAUCCAAAAGGUAUUCAGCGACCGACAGGUGGUCAUCUAGUUGCUCUAUCGUGGGUCAUGAAGAACAUUUACGCCAUGAAAAGUGGAGAGAAAUGGUGGGCGGCGUCCGACCUUGGCUGGGUUGUCGGACACUCGUUUAUAUGCUACGGCCCUCUUUUGGCCGGAUUGACCACCUUAGUUUACGAGGGUAAACCUGUUGGUACUCCUGAUGCCGGCCAAUUUUUCCGUGUCAUUCAAGAUCAUGGUAUCCAAGGAUUUUCUACCGCCCCAACGGCCUUACGUGCUAUCCGUCGAGAGGAUCCAGAGCUGGAAUACGGCCGAAAAUACGAUACUUCCUCAUUACGAUUUGUUUUUUUGGCGGGUGAGCAUUGUGACUACGAAACACGAAACUGGGCAGAGAAUAAGAUCAAAGUUCCAGUGUUGGACCAUUGGUGGCAAACAGAAACGGGUCAUCCGAUCACAUCCACCUGUGUUGGAUUGGGACAUUCUCUAAGUCCGCCACGUGAUGCCAGUGGAGUGCCAGUGCCCGGCUACAAUGUGAAGGUUCUAAACGCAGACAAGGUGGAAGCAGAGCGAGGGACACUCGGUCGCAUCGUCAUCAAAUUACCUCUUCCUCCUGGAACAAUGAGCACGCUUUAUCGAGCUGAUGAUCGGUUUUCCUCCAUCUAUUUCAAAGACUAUCCGGGCUUCUACGAUAGUAUGGAUGCAGGUAUCAUGGAUGCUGAUGGCCAGCUUUAUGUCAUGUCACGUGACGACGACGUCAUAAACGUUGCAGGGCACAGAUUAUCUACUUCAGCGCUGGAAGAAGCUCUGCUCGAACAUCCUUGCAUAUCUGAGGCAGCCGUUGUGGGCGUACCAGAUGAAAUGAAAGGAGAACUCCCUUUGGGCUUGUACGUUACAACGAAAGCCAACACUAAACCUGAAGAGGAAAUCAAUAAAGAGGCUGUUCAAUUGGUACGAGAGUUGGUGGGACCCGUUGCGGCAUUCCGGCUUAUCUGCGGAGUCGAAGCCUUGCCUAAAACACGUUCGGGAAAAAUUGCACGAAAAUCCAUUGCCGAUUUGGCACGAGGCAAAUCUGUUGUGAUUCCACCGACCAUUGAAGAUCCCACCGUUUAUGUUGGCGUUAAAAAAGCGUUACAGCGACUAGGCUAUGCCUUGAACGCCGCUGAUCCCGAAUAGAUGCGAAUCGAUGGCGUACGUGGCCGUUCUCUUUUCAAAUCAAUUUUAGGCUUCAAUCUUUCUCCAUGGUGCAAGAUUUCCCAACUAUUGUGUUCGGAACUAUAUCGUAUUGGCGGUGCAACGAUGUGAUAUGUGUUCCGUUGUUGUUAUUCGAGCGAAUUCUGCUGCUAUCUCAAAUGUUCUUCUCGGCAACAUGUUAGCAGAUGACAAACAAUCGAAAUGCAAGGGUGUUGCGUGUUUUUCUUCACUUUUUUUUUAAAUCUUUCUUUUUUUUUUUCGAGUUACAGUUUCUAUCGUCAUUGGAGACAUUGUCACUUGAAAGUGGCAACAUCAAUUUAUCGGAUGUUCACUCCCAGGGUAUGUAUGCAACUGUAAAUAAUUGAUAGCGUUAGUAAUCGGAACAGGGGAAUAGUUUUCGAUGACUUUGGUAGGGUGAAAAGAAGUCGUAAACGUACAAUUGUUUUUCACAGCAUGAAAUCCUAGCGUGGAAAAGAGAGAACCAAUUUGCUGGGUCAGCUGUUGCAAACGCAGAUGAUGACGUCAUUGCAAUAUCAUAGAAGGUUAUGAACUCUCCAGCACUCGCCUGCCCCCCGUUUAUUCUUUGGAUUCUUGAACAAUAUCUUGACCAAAAGCUCUUCGAAGUUAUUAUUUCAGUCAUCAAGUGUCGCGAUAUUACCAAAUAAGGAAAGUCGGUUAUUGCGAGAUCCAAUCGAUUAUCAAUAUCGAUGCUUACGAAGCUUUGCAAUACUAUUGCAAAGUAAAGAUAUAACUUAUCCAUAUGGCUCAAAAGGAUCUUAUUGAGAGGAGGAACUUGUGUUGGAAAAUUGCUGACUGAAAGUUUAAGCUUCGUUUUGCCUCUUAUUGGAAGUAAGUGUUGUUUUAUUGUCCAAUAAGACAGGAAAUAUAACUAAGCAACAUUG